AAAAUAAGCCGUGGUGUUUUUGAAAAUCCCUCCCACCAGAUGUCCGCGCCCGCGCAGGAGUGGUGGUUUCCCCAGGGGGCUCUGUGAUUGGUUAGGUCCGAACCGCCCUGUCAGUGGGAUAGUUUUCAUUGGCGCAACGUAACGGAUUAGUGAAGAACAGUGGGCGGAGGACAGUUUUUCUGCCAACGUUGAUUGGCUGGAUCGUUCUGAUGGUCGUGGGAGAGCUGAUUGGCUGAUAGUGCCGCCGUUGGCGCCGCCACAACAGGGAGGAGUAGCAAUUCAGUUAGAGGUUGGGUGAGCUAUAGAGCUCUUGAGGUCGCCGAGUCUCCUUGUGGCGUAUGGGUGGGGGUCUCUGGACGGGAGUGGCGAGGGUGAAGUGUUCAGCUUUGGUACCUUCAGCCUCAUGGAACUAACUUGUCCUGUAUAUCAAUACCCAAGGUAUCCUUGCAGACAUUUUUUUCCAGUUUUGCUAUGGAUAUGAUUAACAACUGCAUGUAAGGAUCCUUUUCAGGCAAACAGGCAAAAUAUUAGGAGAGAAGUGGGUCUUCUGUCAUUUGCACUGGGAUUUGGAGAUGGGUGAUUUCAGGGAAGAUGGUACCCUUCAGCUUUCCUCCAUCAAAAGUUGCACUUUGGAAUCCAGUGCCUAUCGGAGAAAGCACUGGCUCCCACCUAAAUCAUAGAAACCUUAUGCUACUUAUGAAUGAGAAGACUCUGCGACUUGCCCAUCGUCAUGCUAAGCAAAGUCGAAGAAAACCCUUUACCUGUUUUCUAGUUGGAACUCUUGCAGUAGAUGAAGAUGAUAAAGGUGUGUCACUAACAAUAGACCGUUUUGAUCCGGGUCGUGAAGUAACUGGUGGCUUGGAGAAAAUACCUACAGCACCUCUUCCUGGAGAUUUUUUGAUUCCAUGCACAGUUAAUGUUUGGGGAUCAUCCUCAUGUGAUGUAAUAGUGCACAAUUCUGAGGACUUCAGUUUAGCUUUUAAGAUACUGCAACAGAAUUUGAACAGCCAAGAUUCUCUGGAUCCUUCAAAACUGAUCACUUUAAGAGUUCAUAUUUCUUCUACAGAAAAUAUGGACAACCUAAACUUUGACUUUCACUGGGCAGCUGUUACAGUGGCUAAUAGUUUAAAAUAUACUCCUGUAAAGUCCGUCCCAAUAAUUCCUACGGCCCUUGCCAGAAAUCUAAGCAGCCACAUGAGUAUUGCACAAAUUCAAGGGACUUUCAAAUGUGGAUACCUUACAAUGGACCAGACCCGGAAACUACUAUUAAUUCUGGAAUCUGACCCUAAAGCUAAUACUCUGCCACUGAUUGGCAUUUGGUUGAGUGGAAUCUCUCAUAUCUACAGUCCACAGGUCUGGGCCUGCUGUCUACGUUACUUAUUCAGUUCUUCAAUUCAAGAGAGGGUACUUUCAGAAUCAGGAAGUUUUCUUAUAGUCCUUUAUUCUCUGAUACAUAAAGAUCCAGAGUUUUAUGAAUGCCUUCCUUGUGGUGAACAUAUUGAACUAGGUUUCCAGCUACUGACAAGCAAAGAAACAUUACAUCUGUUCAGAAAUGUUGAGUCUUCAGAUAAAUAUCCUAUCCAAUUUGAACUGAGUUCAGAAAACAAAAAUGCAGAAAUGGGGUUCUUCAGCAAGAUCUCAAAGAAUUUUUCUGUUGAAAGCCCAUCUCAAGGUUCAUCGCCCAGUAAGUUGUCUGUCAGUGAUCAUGAUUCUGGUGUGGAAGAUGAUGCAUCCCCUAGGCCCUUUCCUCGUCCUCACCCAGUGAGUCAACAGGUUACUGAGAUCCAGCCUUCAGUUCCUGAAUUGUCAAUUGUAUUUGAUAGCAACUUUAUAGAAUCUCUACCACCUUCCAAACAUGCUAUGAACAUGGAUAAAAAGAAUCUACCUUCACGUGUAUAUCAGCCUGCUAAGAUGACAUGCUCCAUAGGACAUCCACCCUGCCAUAUUCAGAGCUCUGAUAGUGGAAGGCAAAUCCAUGGCUCACGUGCUAGAGAGCCUCCUCCAAGGCAGUUGCCAAGCCAGUUAAAGCAGGGAGUUCCCAUUUUAAAAUCUUGUAAAGGAAUGCAACCUCCACUACAACAGCAACCUAACUGUGGUGCAGUUGGGUCUCAAACAAGAAGCAGCUCUGGAUCUCCACCCUCCUCUUCUCCUUCAACACUUUGUAGUGGACCUUCUCCCAACACAUCUGCACAUCAACUUGGAACAUCUACUGAACGACACUUGGCAAACAGUGAUGCUAUUCAAAGGAAAGGAGAACUUCCUUUAAGUGGACCUUCUGCAUCUAAUUUAAAGCAACCAACUGUAACCUCCCGGCCUCCCUGGCACAGCUGUGCUUUGUCUACUCCAAACCUGAGAAGACCAGUGGAGCUUCAUAUACCAGUACAAGGUCCACCUUGCCAUUCUCCUUAUGUGUGUGGCUGUCAGUUACAUAGUCAUAUGCAAUGCAGUCCAACAAAUAUUUGGCAAGGGAUGUGUAAAAUGGGUUCCAGUCAGACACCUGAAAUUCAGUCAAGUGUUGCCCAGGAGGGUACACAAUCUAUGUUUCAUCAAAAUAUAGAAUGUAAAAACACUUCCUGCAAUCAAGUAUGUACCACAAGUAGCCCUAUAAACCUAGUCCAUUAUGGAGUAAUGGGGAACUGUUCUUCCCUCGGUGAUAACAUGUCACCUACUGCAAGGACAUCCCCUGCAGAAUCUGGUAAUGCACAGUUCCAUGCAGUGUGUUCAGCUUGUAUGCACACUCCUACAACAAAAAUGGGAGCAUCUCCAGAUGUUUACAAAAUUCUUGCUGAACAAGAUAGGCAGCUCAAACUGCUACAAGCUCAGAUCCAGCGUCUUUUAGAAGCACAAACUCUUCAGCCUACUAAGACUGUAGCUAAUAGUGGCAUACAGUCCGAAAAGCAACUAGAACUUGUUGCCAUGGAAACCCAGUCCUCCCCAGGGUUACAGAUGAAAAAAAGUGUCAGCAUUGCAGUGAGCACAGGUGCUAGCUUGUUCUGGAAUGCUCCCUUGGAAAGGAACAAAGAGUCCUCAAAACAGGAUGAUGAAAUUUCCAGUGAAGACAUUAGUAUUUCUAUGAACACUGAGAAGGAUAAGAGUCAAACAAGCAUUGCCUCAUCAUUAAAAGCUGUUGAUAUACCCAGUUUUGUAGACAGUAUCCAUGUUCUAGAAGAACCACCUGGUCAAUUCUCUACUGCAACCUGCAGUGGGCCAAUUGCUGCAGAGUUGGCUCCAGCUUCACUGCUGAAUGAAAGUGUUAGCAUGUGCUUACAGACUAGACUAUCAGAAGAAGCUGAUGGUCAUUUGGUAAAUAAUGAACAAAAGGUUGAUCAUGUAAUCCCUUCCCUGCCAAGUACUGCACAAAAUGAUCAGAAAUUCUACCAGGAUAUUUUGGGUCAAGUAAACCACUUCUUGAAGGAAUCUUCUGAAGAAAAUAUUUCAUCUGCAAAAGAGAACCUUAUCAGCAAUGCAUAUACUGCAUCCACUGAAGUGAGCAAGCAAAAGCAAAGGAGCUUAACACCUCACACAAGCCCGAGAGAUAAAGAUAAUGUUCUGAGUGCAACCCUGAAGCAAUUAAGGAACCUUGGAGUGAAUUUUGACUCUCCUGACAAGAUGAACAAUGCACACAGAGUAGAAAAUGCCAGUAUUUUGGCCUGUAUUAAUCCUGAAGCAGUCAUUCCAGGCCUAAACUACAUAUCUUUUGCUAAUGUUGGCAUGAGUGGCCUAACUCCCAAUGGAGCAGAUCUGAGUAUGGAGGCAAAUGCUAUUGCCCUAAAGUAUCUAAAUGAAAGCCAACUGUCUCAGCUUUCUCUGAGUCGGUCAAGUCAAAAAAAUUCUAUGGAUUCAUCUGUACAGACUCUCCUGCAAACUAACACAGACAAGAGUUUGGUGGGCUUCAGUUUAAUUUCCCCAAGCAAUAUGUCUUUUGCGACCAAGAAGUACAUGAAGCGGUAUGGGCUCUUGCAAGGCAGUGAUGAUGAUGAUGGUGAUAGUGAUGGUGAUGAUGAAGAAGAGAAGCAGCAGACUGACAAUCACAGGAAAGAGAGUUUAGAACCUGUUCUACAGCUGGAUUUAAAUCCUCUUUUAGGGGGCUUUGCCUGCUGGAAAGACUCUUCUGAAAGAGCUGGUCAAGUACAACUUCCUGCCAAUCCAGUGCAAUGUGAAAUUGAAGUAUCUAGAAGUCAUCUGUCAAAACCAGAGGGUCCUAUAUUAAGAAAUGUUACAAAUGCAGUCCUUCCAGUCAGAAUCCUGUGCCAGUCAAAUGAAGGUUCACAUCCGUUUUUAAAAGACUUAAAGCCAACAAUGAAACUUCUCCCUGGUAAAGCAGAGUUUACACAGCAUCCAGGCAAAGAGAAUAUAGAUGUUCGGAUUGUACCUGAAACACAGCAAGCUCCUAUUCUUGACUGUCUAAACCAUGGAGACAACAUGAAUUCAGUGGGUACUUUUCUUGAUGUACAACAACUCAGACAAUUACCAAAGUUAUUCUAGACUAUACCUAUGGUUUUUAAAAUGGGUAACCAGCUCUUUGUAUGAAGCUUUUUUGUGAUUCAGAAAAUAGAGAGAAGCCAAUGAUUAAAAGCUUUAAAAGCUGAUUUGGCAAUAAACUAAACGUGGAAAGGGAAUUCAGUGUCAGCCCAGACAAUCCAGUUGCUCAAUAUGAUGAUCAAUUUGACAUGUCAUGUCAAAUAGAAGCAUUUGCACCUUUGUGGUGCACUCUAGGUGUUUUUACCUUCCAAAACAUCAGUGAAUGUAAUUGAGGUAUAGUGUGCAGCACAUAUUUUUUAACAGAUGUUGACUUCUGCAUUUAUUAAAUGAAAGAGGGGUCAGAUUUUGUCAAUACUGAAAUGGUUGGUGGGUUUAAGACAAAGCUAGGAUUUUUUUAAACUUAAGAGUCCAUCCAAGCAUUAAAGUAAUGCACUUUUUCAACCUGAUUUGCAUGGAUUUGAAAUAAAAUUUCAUACAAUUACUUGUACCAAAUGUGAUCAUGAAACUAAGUCAGUGAACUUUACACCAUGUGUUUCUGACUUGCACCAUAUAUACAUAAGAAGCAAACAUUCAGUUUCUGAACUGUUUAUCUGCUUCUGUCUUUGAACUCUUAACACUUUGAGUGUCUAAAUAAAAUGUGCUAGUCUGUUCUUAUGAUAUGCAAAGCUGUAAAACUCAGGGGUUUUUAAAAAAUAAAUUUAAUUGGGUUUACUUUA